ACACACACAGACACAGACCUCCGCCCCUCCAGCCAUGCCACCGAGCCACGGGCAACACUUCGGAUUUUACAUUGAAAACCCUUAAAGAAGGAGAAAACCGGCGUCACCUCAGACACAGUGCAGGCGGUGUGUGUGUGUGUGUGUGUGUGUAAGAGUGAGCCGUUAUCUGGCGUGUAUAUGGGAGAGAACUGGAGACAAACCAGGAGCUGAGGAGGAGGUCUGAAUUGUCCAGCUGCACUCAGAUAGAGGAGCCAUGAGUGAAGGAGAAGGACAUUUUUACAGCGUGCAGGUUGGGGACUCCACCUUCACGGUGCUGCGGCGCUACCAGCAGCUCCGUGCUAUCGGCUCCGGGGCGCAGGGCAUCGUCUGCUCUGCUCUCGACACGGUCCUGGGCAUCCCUGUAGCGGUGAAAAAGCUCAGCCGGCCUUUUCAGAACCAGACCCACGCCAAGCGAGCCUACAGAGAACUGGUGCUGCUAAAAUGCGUCAAUCACAAGAACAUCAUUCGUUUACUCAGCGUCUUCACACCUCAGAAGUCUCUGGAGGAGUUUCAGGAUUUGUACCUGGUGAUGGAGCUGAUGGACGCCAGUCUGUGUCAGGUGAUCCACAUGGACUUGGACCACGAGAGGAUGUCCUACUUGCUCUAUCAGAUCCUGUGUGGCAUCAGACAUCUGCAUUCUGCUGGUAUCAUCCACAGGGACCUGAAGCCGAGCAACAUAGUGGUGAAAUCAGACUGCACUUUAAAAAUCCUAGACUUCGGCCUGGCCAGGACCGCCUGCACCAACUUCAUGAUGACUCCAUACGUGGUGACCAGAUACUACAGAGCGCCGGAGGUCAUUUUAGGCAUGAAGUACAAGGAGAACGUGGAUAUUUGGUCAGUAGGCUGCAUCAUGGGAGAGAUGGUGAAAGGCAGCGUUAUAUUCCAAGGCACUGAUCACAUUGACCAGUGGAAUAAGGUUAUCGAGGUGCUGGGAACUCCUUCUCUAGAGUUCAUGAACCGUCUGAUGGAGACAGUGAGGAACUACGUGAUGAACAAGCCACAUUUCCCUGGAGUUAGCUUCAGUGAGCUUUUCCCAGACUGGGCUUUUCCGUCAGACACUGAGCACGACAAACUGAAGACUAGUCAAGCUCGGGACCUGUUAUCAAAGAUGUUGGUAAUUGAUCCGGAGUCUCGCAUCUCUGUCCAGGAAGCCUUGAAUCAUCCCUACAUCCACGUGUGGUACGACCCAGCUGAGGCCGAUGCGCCCCCACCUCAAAUCUCAGACAAACAGUUGGAGGAGAGGGAACACAGCAUAGAGCAGUGGAAAGAGUUGAUCUAUAAAGAGGUGAUGGACUGGGAAGAGAGGAACAAAAACGGUGUCCUAAAGGAGGAGUGCUUGGUAGAUGGUGCGCUGAACAGCAGUGCUACAACCUCUCAGUCUUCGUCUUUUAAUGACAUCUCGUCCAUGUCCACCGAGCAGACACUGGCCUCGGAUACAGAUAGUUCCUGCAUCGACACCAUCGCUGGGGGAUUAGAGGAGUGACUGUGAGCCUCGGCACUCCAUAGCUUGCUCUCCCAAUCCUGCUCUCCCCCCCCCCCCCCCCUUUGUCUCUCUCUCUCUCUCUCUCUCUCUCUCUCUCUCUCUCUUUCUUUUUUAAAUUUUUUUUUCUCCUCCUCCACACAUCCACACAUUUUUCCAGAUGGCCGUGUGGACCCUGACUUGUUCCAGACAGACAGGCUGUGACACACUGGGGCUUUUACUUGUGAUUCUCUCACAGAAUCAUUUUUCACCUAGCUUCUUUACAUUCAGUCACGUUCUCUAGCCCAAUCGUUUAAGUAAAUCGAGUAGGCAUUCAAGAGCAGGAGCUAUAAAGGUUCCUAUAGUCGUGGCCUGCAGACUCAAUUUGGUCCGAUUUCUUCGGGAAAAGAUUUCUGAAUUCCUUCAAAGUUGAAAAACGCAGCGGAAAUAUCCUUAUUAGUUAAAAAAACCCAUUUGCUAAACAAAACUUUCACAAUAAGUACGGUUUAUUGUUAUCAUGCAGGCAUGCAGAAACACAUCGUUUACGUUUCACUCAUCGUUCGCUUUGAAAUGUACAAUAAACUAUAAUGAACAUUUAGAUAAUAAGAUUACAAUGAAGCUCAUGGUACUCGCUCCCCUCCCUCCAUUUUUUUUUCCUCUCUCUCUCUCUGUUCUUUUUCAUAUCCUCCCUCAAGAAGCACAUACACUCCUGGAACCAGCUAAUCGAUAGCUAGUUCCCUCUUCUGGAAAUGUUAACGUUCUCAAUGCUCUGUUUAAAGUAUUGCAUGCCACUCAUCUUGAACUCUUUUAAGAAAAGGAAUCUGUUUACAGGCUCCCUGAUUAUGCCUGAACGAAUACACUUUAAGAAAUGGUAGUGCCUGCUUCUGUAUAUAGACACGAUAUACCAUGUUUUCAGUCAGAGAACUUGAUAAUGCAUCUCACUCAUACAGGGUGUAGCCAUGUAUAUACAUAUAUGGAUUAUGUGUACUUUUUUUUUUUUUUUUGUGUGUGCGCGUGUAUGUGUCGUGGAAACCUGAUUUUUACAGCUUCUGUAAAAAGGGUCAAGGAAAGUAUUGUGUGCCAUACACUUUCGUCAUGUUGCGUGCGUAAUAUGAGGAACGCUGAAACAAAUUUUCCUUUCUGUAUCAUUCCAAAGGAUUCUGCACAACCUGCAGCAUUCCGAAAAAAAUUGUGAGGAUUGUACAUUACAUACGAGCUUGAAGCUGCCGAUCGCCUUUUUUUAAGUUAAACCCAUAACAAUGUUUUGCCAAUCAAAUUUGCAUCUUUUUUUUUUUUUUUUUUAAAUCACGUAUUGAACACCAACGCCCUUUUACGGAAAGAAACUGAGCUUUAUUUUAUACUAAACUCUUCAGAGAGACGACCUUGUUCUCGUGUGUAUGCGUCCUGCAUUUUCACCGCGUUUAGAAGCUGGCAUGCUGUGAACCGACACACAGAGUAGCAUUGUAUUAUAAAUACCUUCUUGUCCUGUUACCACAACAGCAUGUGCUUCACGUCGAGCGGUCUGUUGUUACUGAAUUGUCUAUUCAGUUUUUUUUUAUUUUUGCCAUGGGAAAAGAACCAACACGUAACGUCGUCUGUGCUGAGGCUUGAAAACAAUAUAACAAACUGUUAAAAAAAAAAUAAAUAAAAUUCCUCUGUAUAAUAUAGCUUAUUUUACAGGAAUGCAUGAAAGCUGUUGUUCAGUGCGAAUCUUCCUUAUAGGUGCAUUCCAUGGAAAAAGUGUCUUUGAAGCUCGUUUUAUCAGUACUAUAAAAGCCUCGCUAUCGACUCAUCCGGACGUAAACGUAGCUGGGUUCAUCGUUACACGGCGUGUACGCACCCCAGGCUUCCUCUGACGGACUUUCAGAAAGGACCUUGCACGCGGAAGUGCACGAAUGUUCUUCAUGCCUUAAUAUCCUCGCCAUUUCAUUUUCUUCAGCCCGGUCUGACCAUCAAGAAGCGUUAUGUGGAUGGACAGAAUGAUUAAAGACAUUUUCUGUCACCAGGCUAAGAGUUAUUUGCUCUGGCACAAUAGCUUUCUCACUCGUACACAUUUCUAUAAAAUCUCUGUAAAAUAGCAUCAGUCCAAGUACGACGCAGGUGUGUGUAUGACCGCACCUGGUUCUUUUCAUAAUAGUAGCACGGUAAUAAUGUAUUAUGAUACAUUAUGUGCUGCAGUAGUGCAAUGUUGGUGUUUUCUUCUUCCCUCUAAACUUUCACAAGUUACCUUGUUUGUUAAGGAAUGAAUGAAUGAAUGAAUUCUGCAAGCACUUUUCGGGAACAUAAGCGAGUUUGAUGGUAUUAAAUCCCAGUAUAAACUGGCCAUUAACUCUCUUAAGGGCUUACUGGUGUUUUAAAGGGUAUGCCUCUGAUAUUUUUUUGUCACUUGGACAAUCCAUAUUGCUAGAGAUGGAACCAGUCGAAAUCUCCAUCCCACCCCAACCCCUAAAAUUUCUUCAUCGCUCAUAAACAACGAAAAACGACCGAUUAAAUAAUCUUAACCGUGACGUAUGAAUAAUACUUGUAUGCUUCUUUGUGGUUUCUGUUGUCGUGUCAUGUAUGGAUGUGCUCUUUGUGGGUUGUCGUGAUCGGAAACUCCAAGCGAGAUUUCGUCAUUCAACCCUCAAGUCUGAAACAUAUGCAAAAUCUCAAAUAGGAUUAUAGACCUGUUGCAACUGACUGUCCAAUCCAUUCAUUUUUAUGUGAGGGUGCGAAAAGAAAAAAAAACUUGUAACAAAUUGCCAAAUAAAUCACUUUAAAUUACA